AAUGCCACUAUUGCGUGCUGAUUGUCCCGUUGAUCUGAGCCCAAUGAAUCAUUCAUAUUCUUGCCGAAUCCUCCAGUCCCUUCAAUGUCAAACGUCAAACGUUUUCCUGACGUUCUCCGUGUGUGUCUGGCUGAUGGAUACAAAAAAUCUCGCCACGUGUGAUCCUGAAUGGAGCUUCUCGAUUAGAACAAGAGCCACCGACGUAUUUUUAGCGUACUAUAAACAUCUCCAUACUUGAAACUUGACUGGGACAAUCAAGAGUGAUAUUUCUGGUGUCCGUCAACAUGGCCAUGUAUCGAGAUACUUUAAGCCAGAUCCUGAAGCCCGAAGGUUUAUAUCUAACCGAUGGCGGGAUUGAAACCGUGCUCAUUUACGAGAAGAAUCUGGAUUUGCCCGAAUUCGCGGCUUUCACGCUGCUCAAAUCCAAGACCGGGCGCAAAGUCCUCAACGAGUAUAUGAUUCCGUACUUGAAAUUGGCGCGAGAAUUCAAAUGUGAUGGAUUCAUCUUGGGAACCCCAACUUGGCGCGCCAGUCCCGAUUGGGCCAAUGCCCUUGGGAUUGAAGAUGAAGAACUAGCCGAGCUGAACCGACUCGCCGUGGCGGACUUGGUCAAAAUGAGACAUUCCUACGACCGCAAAGGAUUUCCCAUCAUUAUUGCUGGUAUGAUUGGUCCCCGCGGAGAUGGAUACCUCGUGGAUCAUAAGAUGACCACCCAUGAGGCCAGAGAGUACCACCAUGUUCAAAUUGAGACUCUGGCCCAAGCGGGAGUGGAUUGUGUGAUUGGGGUCACUAUUAAUUAUGUCGAGGAAGCCAUUGGUGUGGUCAAAGCUUGCCAAAAUAACAACGUGCCUUGCAUCAUCUCAUUCACGGUCGAGACCAAUGGGAAGCUGCCCAGUGGACAGACAUUAAAGGAGGCCAUCAUUCAUACGGAUAUGAAAUCGAAAAACGGAGUCCUUUUCUACCAAAUCAACUGUGCCCAUCCAAGUCAUUUCAGGCACUUGUUCGAAGCCCCAAGAGAGUCGUGGAUGCAACGCGUUCGGGGUUUGCGAUGCAAUCCGUCCCCCAAGAGUCAUGAAGAGUUGAAUUGUUCCACCCACUUAGAGUCAGGCGAUCCCGUGGAAUUUGGUCGUCUUCACGGUCAAAUGAAGAAGCUGAUGCCGCAGUUGUGUUUCUUUGGCGGAUGUUGCGGGACCAAUGAAGAACAUUUGCGACAGAUUUGCAUCACCUUGAAUGCGUUGAAAGAUUAAUUUGAUUCAAGUAUGGCGUUUCAGAACAUACGAAAAAACAUAAACCCUUCCGAGCAAUAUUGUAUGCUUGUUUAUUUGCAUUUGAGUGCUGGCUAGUGCAUUCCACUGGACAAAGGAAACUUUCACUUUCUUUUCAAUACUAAGCUACUCCAAAACACCAAUCAUACGAUUCGUUUCGCUGAAGAUUUCAGUCAAUGAGCGCUCCAUCGCAAAGAGUCUUCUAGGAUCAGUCGAUUUUGAGUGCUAGAGGUUUGAGGGUGUCAAUUGAACUACUAACAGCUUGGCCAACACCGGCUUUGAAAAUGGCCGAGAAUUACCACGAGAAGGUGCAAAACUUGCCCAUGAUCCGCAAUAAAGAUAAAGUUUAUGUCACCGGUAUUGGUCUGGAGACCUUUUUACUCUUCGAGAAUGGCUUACCCAUGCCCCAUUUCGCAUCAUUCACGGCCUUGCAAGACGCCACUGGUCGAAAUAUCUUGGUCAAUUUGUACCACCAACUCAUCGAAGUGGCCAAGAGUUACAAAGUCGAUGGAAUCGUCCUUGACACGCCAACCUGGCGAGCGAAUCCAGAUUGGGCCAGAAAGCUCGAUGUGGAUGAAUCCGGUUUGAAAUCGAUUUAUAAGGAAAGUCUCGACAUUCUGAACAAAGUCAAAGUCGAACACGCUACGCCGGAGUUUGAAAUCAUCCUGAUGGGCACGGUUGGGCCUCGCGGAGACGGAUACCAAGUGAAGGAUGCCAUGACUGCCGUUGAAGCUGAGAAGUAUCACUCAUUUCAAAUUGGUUGCUUUGCCAAUAUUGGUGUCGACGGAGUGUUCAUUGCCACCCUAAGCUAUCCGGAGGAGGCUAUUGGUUUUAUUCGAGCCAGUAAAAAAGCCGGAGUACCUUGUGUUGUGAGUUUUACUGUAGAAACCAAUGGGGAUCUUCCCAAUGGAAUAUCUCUCAAGGAGGCCAUAUUGCAAGUAGAGGACGCCACCGACAACGCUGCAGCCUAUUUCAUGAUUAAUUGUGCCCAUCCCACUCAUUUUGAAGCCAAUUUUAAGGGUGACCACGAACCCUGGAUGAAGAGAAUCCAGUGCGUCCGAUGCAAUCCGUCCACGAAAAGCCACGCCGAAUUGGAUGGCUCGACUUCGUUGGAUUCUGGCGACGCUAUCCUUUUUGGGAAGCAAGUGACUGGCCUCAAGAAAGCCCUGCCUUGUUUGAAUGUGUUUGGAGGAUGUUGUGGAUCAAACGCCGCUCAUUUGGAGGAAAUUUGUAAAAAUAUCUCGCCGUAAAAAUGGAGCUGCACAAUGUCUUCUUUUACUCUUGUUCAAUUGUGAAUAUCUUGUGUCAUGAAUCGAAUUAGAGAGACAUCUCGAUUAAAAUAUAUACCGAUCCAUAUUAAGUCGA